CUGACAGGUGGCGUGAAAAAUCCAAUUAAUAGUCUGAGUACUUUUUCUUUUCUGUCAGUUCAAAUAUUCAUCGCGUUUUUUAAACGCGCCUUUAGUUACUCGAGAGUAAAUUAAUUGCCGGAUUUCGUACGUCGUUUUGUGAAGUCGCUCUCGAAGUGUUGCGAUUGCGAGUAGUUCUAGUUACUUAUAGUUAUACACUCGAAACGAUAUGUAUUAUUUUUUCGUAAAAGUUGUACGAUUGUUUUGACGUUGAGUUUACAGCACGACGAUAAGAAGGGUUAAUUAGAUGUACAUUUUUUCUCUUUUUUCUAAUGGUACGAACAAUGUGAUGUUGUAGUUUAUCAACUAUGUUAAUGAUAUUUCUUAUGGCAAUAUUGAGUUUAGAUUUGUUACACUAUUCGAGUCAAAAUCGCACCAGCUCGUCGAUCGAGUCACGAGCUAGCCAUGGUCAAUACCUCAUGUCAAAUGAUAUCCGAGGAUCGAACUCGACCCUGCAUCGGAUCUCCAACAACGCAGUCAAAUCGCAGCACCCUAAGGGUGGUAGCAGUUCGACUUCGUCGGCUAAAAAACCGAAGAAAAAAAUCCUAGUACGAAAACGCAAGGCGAGUCAAAAUGACACAGUUGCCUUGUCCAGCAUUCCAGUGAAACUUUCAAGUAAACGACCGACCCCUAAGUCGGAUGUUUUGAUGCCAUUCUACGCAGCUCAGCCAAUGAUUCCGUUUGACAUAAGCUAUCAUCAACCGAUAUAUGAAAACUACAACCCGCUGGUCAACGGUAUUCUCAACAUGAACGAGCAUCCUUUGCAAGUGCAAGCAAAUCCGGCCCAACAUCAAAUGCCAGUAUUGCCAAUAGUCGAACCAAUACCUUUUAAGCAGAUCGAUCCUCAGCACUUCCAGCCAAUGCCUCCUCCGGGAAUGCAAAAGAUCCCGCUUCUAGAUCCGUUCAACGUACUCAAACCUCGUAAACCUGCGCGAUUGGCAGGUAAACCGAAAUUCCUGCCUGUGGUUCGAGCUAUCCCUCAGAUCACGACGACAUUGCCUCCUAUCACGGUGACUCAUAUUUAUAAAUACGAAGAGACUAAUUCCGGGCUAAAAAUGCCUUUCGAGAACGACGACUUCGUCGAUAACUUUCCAGCCAUUUCGGUUGCUUUGGAUGAUCAUCUGCACGAUCGAGCUGCCGAUUUAGCUCGUCUCAAGGGUCUGAUGACACCUCCGAGACUACACCAGCAACCCAUCUAUUAUAAUAUGCCCAUAGUCGAGCUAUCUACCUUGGCUCCGGCUACUUUUCAAAAUGACGAGCUUGAAAUUCUGCAUAAAUUCAACGAAGCCAUCAAAGCGCAGAAUAACCAGCUGCAACAGCAACAACAGCAACAAAACACCGGGCAAGAAGACGAACAGCAAUUCGAAUACGACGAAGAUAGCAAAGAAACCCAAGAUAAUAAGAGCUACAGCGACGAUGAUGUUAAAAAAGCCUUAAAAUAUAUUCAAAAUUUAAAAAAGACCAGACCAACGAAACCCAACAGAGGGUCGAAGAAAUUUGACUCGGAUAGAUCACAAGGUAAAAAGCGUAAUAAAGGUAAAAAGGAAACUAAUGAGGAAAGUUUCGAAGAAGAAGAGGAAACUGAGAGACCGAGAAAGAAUAAGCAUAAAUCAGCUGAUUUUUCCGGCGAAGAUGACAAUUUUACCAUAAUGUCGUUUGACGAACUGGAUGGAGGUGAAAGUCACAAUAAAGUUGUAAAGACUAAGAAGAAGCAUAUAAAGUCAGAUUCAGAAAGCACGCCAAAGGCUGAUAGCAUUGAUAAUAUUGGAUUCCAAGAAAGUCAAAUUGUGCCAAGUUUAGAUCACGAGGACAUCCAGGAAUACAGCCCACCACCGGAUUUCUCAGAAAACGCCAACUUGGGCGCUGAAGGCAACGAAGACCGAAUAGAAUUCCAAAUGCACGGUUUACGAGGCCCCGAAUCAUAUAAAUUCGGUUACGAUACCGGAAAAGGCGAAAAUCGCCAAUUCCGAUACGAAGAACGUGAUCCGGACGGUAAAGUCAAAGGUCAUUUCGGAUACUAUGACAAAGAUGGAAAACUGCAGGUAUUCAAUUACGAGGCAGACCCUGAACAUGGUUACCAUUUGGAACAAGCUAAUCAGAAUAAUAAUUUUUAAGACUUGUUGACAAUUUUGACAGCAAAACGUUGUACAUAAUGUUAAAAUAAUAUUUUUACCUACGUUAA